AUGGCAUCGCGUGUUACCCGCUCUACAACUACGGACAAAAAGACUAAGACCGGAAACGAGACAGCGUCACCCACGGAGGACAUCCGGACCAACAACAAACGAGGGAAACUAUGGCUGACGUGCACGUACUGCUUCAUAUACGGGACCGAUAGGCCACAUAGACUGAAGGAGCACAUGCGCAGAUGCAAAGCCGGACCCAAGGAACAAAAGGGGAGCGAAAGAGAUGGAUUGAUCGAGGAAUCUCUGGGUAAGAUAAGAAAUGCUCACGAAGUCUUCGGUAAGAACAUUUUCUUUAAUCCUAGGGACUUUGACGACAGGGCAUACAGCAAAGAUGACGUCAUGAAUAUCCUGCUGCAGUAUGGUCAUUCCGCGGUAACUGAAGAAACAGAAAGUAAAUGUAAUAUCCAGCCUUUUCCAGUGAAUGUGACGGGGAGAACAUUCGAUAAGACCAGCGGACAGGCACAUCACCCCACGAUUAAACCAUACGAUGAGUCAAAUACCGAGGAAAUUCAGUCUGAUAUGGAGGUAGCGGAAGAGGAACCGGAAGUCCAGACGUAUUCUGGGUCUGAAACGGAAGGCAUGCAGGUAGACACAGUGGUAAUAUCCAAAAGCCUCAACACCUAGUACUUAGCACCUAACACCGGGCAAUUAGCACCGGACACCUAGCAGCACCUAAC